GAAGGUUUUCUUCUUGGUUCUCGCACUCCCUGCUUCCGAAACCGAAACGAACAAGAAAAGAAAUCACAAGUUCAAAAUCAAGAUUAAAAGUUGUUUUUAGAGAAUCAUCUUUUUCCAUUAAUAAAAUAUAAUAAAUAUUAAAAAUGAGUGAUAGCUCAGAUGAUGAUCUUUAUCCCGAAUGGGUUCCAUAUAGCAAAAGAAAAGAAUGGGCCGAUGUAACACCACUCGCCCAAGACGAUGGAGACUAUCCUGUCGUUGCCAUUGCCUACAGUCCAAAAUUUCGAGAAGUUUAUGAUUAUUUCCGUGCCAUUCUUGCUAAAAAAGAGAAAUCACUGAGGGCUCUCGGACUCAUAAAAGAUGCCCUUCGACUCAAUCCGGCUAAUUACACAGUUUGGCAGUACAGAAGAGAAUGCCUAAAAGAUUUAAAUAUAAAUCUGUACGAUGAACUGGAUUACAUUGAGUUUGUGAUUCGCGACAACCCUAAAAACUAUCAAGUAUGGCAUCAUCGUCGAGUAAUCGUUGAGAUUCUCAUGGACCCCUCCAAUGAACUCGGUCUUACCGAGGCUGUUCUUAAUAUGGAUGCAAAGAACUACCAUGCAUGGCAACAUCGUCAAUGGGUUAUCCGAACAUAUGACUUAUAUGAAAAUGAACUCACCUACGUUGAUAAGCUUAUUGCUGAAGAUAUUCGCAACAAUUCCGCCUGGAACCAACGAUUCUUCGUUCUCCGUCAUUUCGGAUUUACUCCCGAAGUUAUUCAACGUGAAUUACAAUACACUAUGAAUCGCAUAAGAGUCGUUAAAAAUAACGAAAGUGCAUGGAACUUUUUGCGUGGCCUCUUAAAACAGAGCGAUGGAACUUUAGGUCAACACUCAGAAGUUGUUGAUUUUAUUGUUGAACUCUAUGCCAAUGGUUCAAGAUCUCCAUAUUUGGUUGCCUUCCUAAUUGAGUUGUACGAAGAAAAAUGCCUUCAAAGUGUCGAUGAUACUAGCGAACAAGAAACCUAUGCAAAGAAAGUUUAUUCUUUGUGUGACGAUAUGUCGAAGAAACACGAUAUCAUACGUCGAAAAUACUGGCAAUACAUUGCAGAGAGACUACAUGCUAAAUUAGAAGGAAGGACGCCUUAAAAGUCAUUCGAUUUGUAUUCAGAGAGAAAAGAAAAUUGCUUGUCUUUUUUGUCUUCAUUUUUUUUAUUAAAUUUUUGAAUGGAUUAAAUAGCAUUUAAGAUUACAAAUAAUAUUAAUAUCUAUAUACACAGUUAUUUCUACAAAAAUAAAGAUGUUUUUUUUAGUUUUAAACAAACAGAAAAACUAAUGGACUAAAUAAAAAUCUUGUUGUCAUUUAGUAAAUAAUUAA